GGUGCCGAGCCGCCUGUGCCGCCGAGCCAGCGCCCUCCUGGGCUGGUGCCGGGAUCCGGGGGCCACACCUGGGGACACGCCGCCCAGCUCCCUCGCCCCUUUGUCGAUCCUCUCUCCCCCGCCCCCUAACCAGCCAGGAAGCGCCGACCGGAAGGAAACUUCAAAAAAGAGAGUGUUUUCUUGGACUCUGACUCGGGGUUUUUUUCCUGAUCAGGCGGACAGAUCAGCAUAGAGUCCAAGGAUGAAUGUUCAUCGUGGCAGUGAGAGUGACAGGUUAUUGCUGCAGGAGGCCAGCUGCCUAAUGGAUGAAACCUCGGCUGCAGCCCAAGAAAAAGAAACUAGUAGCCUGACUUCUUCUGGUCUUCAAAAUUUUGCUUAUCCGCUAACUCCCAGGAGUGAUGACCUUUCACUGGACUAUGCCUCUCAGCCAGCAAGCCUCCAGUUCCCUCACAUAAUGCCACUUCCCGAAGACAGCAAAGGCUCCUGCUUCCCAGGAGGGACUAAACGGAGCUAUGAACCCUUUAUUGCUCCAGAACGAUUUGGAAACAGCACUAUGGGCUUUGGCAGUAACGUCCAUUCCCAGGCGCCAGAGAAAGUGACACUUCUCGUAGACGGCACACGUUUUGUGGUGAAUCCACAAAUUUUCACUGCUCACCCGGAUACCAUGUUGGGAAGGAUGUUUGGACCAGGAAGAGAAUACAACUUCACACGGCCCAACGAGAAGGGGGAGUAUGAGAUUGCCGAAGGAAUCAGUGCAACUGUCUUUCGAACGGUGCUGGAUUAUUACAAAACUGGUAUCAUCAAUUGUCCUGAUGGCAUCUCUAUCCCAGACCUUAGAGACACGUGUGAUUAUCUCUGCAUCAACUUUGACUUCAACACUAUCCGAUGUCAAGAUCUGAGUGCUUUAUUGCAUGAACUGUCCAAUGACGGUGCUCACAAGCAGUUUGAUCACUACCUCGAAGAACUGAUCCUGCCCAUCAUGGUGGGCUGUGCCAAGAAAGGGGAGCGAGAGUGCCACAUCGUUGUGCUGACAGAUGAGGAUUCUGUGGACUGGGAUGAAGACCACCCCCCACCCAUGGGAGAGGAAUAUUCCCAAAUUCUUUAUAGUUCCAAGCUCUACAGAUUCUUCAAGUACAUUGAGAAUCGGGAUGUCGCUAAAACAGUGUUAAAGGAACGGGGCCUGAAAAACAUUCGCAUUGGAAUUGAAGGUUACCCUACCUGUAAAGAAAAAAUUAAGAGAAGACCUGGUGGCCGAUCUGAAGUCAUCUAUAAUUAUGUGCAGCGCCCUUUUAUCCAGAUGUCAUGGGAAAAGGAAGAAGGAAAGAGUCGCCAUGUGGACUUCCAAUGUGUUCGGAGCAAAUCCCUCACUAAUCUGGUAGCUGCUGGAGAAGAUGUCUUGGAGGACCAGGAGAUAUUGAUGCAUCACCCGCCCCAGGUGGAUGAACUUGACCGACUAAAUGCCCCACUUUCUCAGAUGGCUUCUAACGACUUUCAGGAUUAGGGCCAGCUCUGGGUCCACCUCUCUGCGAAGCGUUUGUCUGGGCUGCCAAAAGCCAGUUCUCCCCAUCCUUUCCCUUUCUCCCAUAAUUAACGUGCGUCCUUUGCAGUAUAUCUGCACCUCUGCCGGGGGUGAGAAAGCACUGGUAAUGAAGCUCCAGCUUGGCAGCAGCCCUGGUAACUUGAAAUUUUAGGUCUGGUGCUGUUCACUGAGCCUUUGCAUAACUGCAAAGCAGAAAAGCAAGUCAAGACUCCUGUUGCCUCAUUCGGCAAAGCAGUUCUGAUCCUUUAUGCUGUGUCUUGGCUUUUGUGUGUUUUGUUUUAUACCAGGCACAUCACUUAGCAGCGAAGGGACCAAACUUAAAGGAGACAAUCUCUAUCUUCUGCAAAUAGCACUAAUGGCAUGCUCAUUAGAGGUUGAAGAAGAUGCCAUUCCUAGUGGCAUCUGUGCCCAGAUUGCAUCAGGGAAGAACGAGGCUCGUAUUCAACAUGUCUAAAAGGAAAUUCGUAGGCGCUAAAAUUCAGUUUUGUUUUUUCAUUAAAUGCAAGAACAAUCCAAAACCACAUGGAUUCUGUCACAGAAAGGAACGUGGCAUCACAGUGUUGAUGGAACUUUAGCGCCAUGGUGUUUAGAUUAUUCAUUUAGAAGGAAACCCAAGUAGAAGAACCUCCCCAGAUGGGGCCACUCUGAUUGCCCUGGCUUGGAAUUGGUGAGAAGCCAUAGGUCUUCACCCAGGAGCAGCAUGUUGCUGUGGAUGUGGAUGGGCGACCUUGGAUAUGACUUAAAGGCUCCAGCUGUGAGCAGACAUUUCUCACUAGGGCUCAGUUUCUCAGUAGGAAGACUUGUAAGAGCUCCAGUGAGGGGACGUGUGGGGGAAAGCUGGAUGGGGAAGCAUUACCUGCUCAGGCUUUGUCCCAGUACAGGAUUCUUUGUGCAUUCUUUUCAUACUUAGGGAAUUUUUUUGGAUACCAGGAUAUUUUCAUUUUGAAAUAGCCUAUCAGCUGCUCACACUGAGUAAGAAACCAUACUAAUAUCAUCCCCCAAGGAAGGAUGAGUUGAAGGGAAGUGAGACCUAGUAACUGUUCGCUCUGUCACUGCGUGUAAGUGCACGGCGACAACCAGAUCACCCUCCCCAGCACUGAACCGCCUUCCCCAGUGUCCCCAUGGCUAGAGCAGGAUGUCAUGGGAUCAUCUCCCCUUUUGUGCUACAGGCUGGCUUUCCAGUCACCUGCCCCAGGUAUUUACUCAUCACAACUUACAAAGAGGCACAUAGUUUUCAAGUCCUUUAAGAGCAUGACUGGCUUUCUUAAAUCCCAUUCCCAUGAGAUGCUAUAGGACAAGCUGCUUGAUUCUGUUCUGACCAUGCUGGUCACAGUCCUCCAAGAGUGACGUCGGAUGGGCGUUGAAAGCUGCGCUUUCCAGGCUUGAAGAGCAAGAAUCUUACUAGUAAGUGUAUUCUUUGCAUGUGGUCAGCAUCACAGUGGAAAUCGAUGCUCUAUUUCUCUGAAAAGUAAUCGGGGUUAAACUGAACCACCCCCCAGCCCACCUGCAGAGUUCUGAUUACCAUGGCAUCCAUUUGUAAGGCUGAUGGCCAGUGGUAGUUUUAUUUCUGUGAAACUGUUGGCUCAUAUUGAGGUCAGGUCUGGCUAUGACCUUACCAGUAUACAUUCAUGCCCACUACGAACCGACCAGCCCAGUAUUGUUUAAUGGUGCUGCCUUUACUUUUCAGUUGACUUCCAUGUCAUCACAAAGGACAUUUGCAUUGAGUGUGUAGUCUGUGGUAUAUGUAUAACUUUCGUUACACAGCUAAUGUAUUGGUAAUGUUUAGUAAGUGUCAACACGCUGCAGCUGAUACUCUAGUCCUUGCUUAGUUGGAAAGCCACGUAUGAAAGUAUGGCAUGUAGUGAACACUUCCUUCUAUAUCACUGGUUCUCAACCUUCCUAAUGCCGCGACCCUUUAAUACAGUUCCUCAUGUUGUGUGGACCCCCAACCAUAAAAUUAUUUUCGUUGCUACUUCAUAACUGUAAUUUUGCUACUGUUAUGAAUCGUAAUGUAAAUAUCUGAUAUGCUAUCUGUGUUUCCCAAUGGUCGCGACCCACAGGUUGAGAACCGCUGUUCUAUAUGAAUGAUGGAUGAACUUAUUCUGACUUUUAAGAACUAUAUCUUCUUUUCCCAAAUUGGGUAAAUAUGCUUUUGGCGCCAACCCCAUGGAUAGUCUGGGGAGGUAAAUCUGCCACUGUCACCAGGUGGUGGUGACAGGAGGAAGCUGGAGCGGGAGGCUCUCCUGCAUCCCGCCCUCCCCGCCUGGAGCCCAGCAUCACUGUCACUUGGUGGCUCCCCUCAGAGCUGCUGUUUCCAGGGCCAGGACAUUCUGCUGUGGCAGGACCUCUCGGCUGGGUUGUAGUCAUUCCCUUAAGAAUCAGUUACUGGCCACCUGAGCAAGAGGUGUUUCUAAUACAAAGGGUAGGACUCAGGUCUGGUGUUUUUUCUAAGUGCCUAAAUAAGUAAGCCAGGUGACUUACACAGAAGCAUUUUCAUAAGGAAAUAGUUUUACCCAGAUUGUCUUCGAGGUAUCUCAGCAAGCCAAGAUGAACCUGAAUUUGAGGUUUAGAAUCAGUUCAUGUCUGCAUCGUAUCACGUAUUGUUGAGUAGGAAACAUUUGCCAUUGAGACUUGGAGAGUACUGGGCAAGGAACAGUGUUAAAAUGUGGUGAUAUUAACGAUUUCUCAGGCUGAAAAGAAUGACAGCAAAAGGUAAAGAAGCUGGAAAGUAUCUGGAUUUACUGCACAAUAUACAAUAGCCAAUAUUUUCAACUAAAUUCCAAGAGAACGGGGUGAUAAUGUACACAGUCUAAGGAAAUACUGUGGAAUAAGCCCAGGAAGGAGAGCUCUAUGUGCACAGUGUUCCGACAGAUCCUGUGUAAGUAAAACCAGUCAGAACACAGGCUUUCAUUCACACGGUCAAAGUGUGGCAUGGAGCCUUUUGUAUCCAGUGAAAAUAGAAAGUUAAGAAGGGGUUUGAGUAUUUUAUUUAAUGUCGUCAUUUUGAAAUUGUUAAAAUGCAUAGUGAGUUCAGAAAGCAGACCUGAUGCCUUUGUGGGAGAUGGAGCCACAGUCAUGCUCUGGGUGGGACCACCACUGCAGGACAUUUGCCUCUUUACUUUGUAUUUAAAAUUGCACAUGUUUACCUACCAGUGUUUACGAAAUCCUAUAUUUAGGAUGCUUUUUUUUUUUAAAUAAAAUAUUAUGAUUUGUGUCCA